AACAUGAUCGAGGACGACUGCACCGAUGGCGGAAUCCCUCUUGCAAACGUCAACAGUGCAACCCUCGCCAAGGUUAUCGAGUACUGCAAGAAACACGUCGAAGCAGCCGUCGAAGCCAACGCCGGAGACAAAGACACCUACGGUGCUAACGAAGACAUCGAGCUCAAGACUUGGGACGCCGAUUUCGUCAAAGUCGACCAGCCUCUCCUCGUUGAUCUCAUACUUGCUGCAAACUUUCUGAUCAUCCCUGGACUUCUUGACCUAACGUGCAAGACUGUGGCCGAUAUGAUGAGAGGCAAGACUGUGCUUCAGAUUCGCGAAAUCUUCCACAUCAAGAACGACUACACAGAUGCGGAAGAAGCUGAGGUUCGCAAGGAGAAUGCAUGGGCCUUUGAGUGACUUGAA